AUGGGUUCUGACUAUAUCAUCAAAAAUGCCACCGUCGUUUCUGUCGACAAAGAUAUUGGCACCGUCUCAAACUGUGACGUUCUGAUAGAAAAAGGCGUCAUUGCAGCCGUCGGUCCAGAUCUACAGUAUUCCUCGAAACCCAUCGUUAUCGACGGCACGAAUGCUAUUGUCUCCCCGGGCUUUAUUGACACUCAUCGACAUACUUGGCAGACGCAACUGAGGACGAUCGGCUCCGACUAUGUGCUGUCGGAUUAUAUAUUGAACUUGAGACAGAUUUACGGAGCGUCUUACACGGUUCACGAUGCAUACCUCGGAAACUACUGCGGUGCACUGGACUCCAUUGACAACGGAAUCACAUACCUGAUCGAUCAUUCGCACAUUAUCAACUCCCCGGAGCAUGCUGAUGCCGCCAUCAAAGGGCUCCAAGAUGCGAAGAUUCGAGCAACAUUCUGCUAUGCAAUGUAUCCCAACCCACACUGGGAAGGCUCAUGUAUGGACAAAGAACGAGAAGAGAAAACGCCAGAUUGGAGACUCCAUGAUACCAAAAGGGUCGCAGAGAAGUUCUUCAAGUCCAGCCAGCCUGGUGAUCUGUUGCGGAUGGGCUUCGCUUUGUCUGAACCUGACUUGACUCCAUUUGACCGACUCGUCCAAGAAAUCGAUUAUGCAAGAUCUAUUGGCUGUAAGGUCAUUACUGGGCACUUCAACUUCGGCAAAUGGGAUCCGGGUAAUUGCAUAAUAAGGCAGUUCGGGCAAAGAGGCCUGCUCGGAUCGGAUCUCUUACUCAGCCAUGGUAAUACCUUGCGUGACGAUGAGCUUGAGUUUAUUGCGAAGCAUGGUUGUGGAAUAUCCAGUACGCCUGACACUGAGCUGCAGAUGGGCAUGAGUCACCCCGUAGCUUUUAAGGCUAAGGAUCGCGGCUGCAGCGCUUCUCUGGGUGUCGAUGUCUGCUGCAGUGCGCCAGCAGACAUGUUUGCGCAAAUGCGACUACUAUUACAGGCCCAAAGACAUCUUGAGCAUGAAGCGGCAGACAGUGCGCCUUUGAAGAUGUCACGCAGUUGCGAAGAAGUACUAGAGAUCGCUACAAUGGGCGGCGCUAAGGCUGUUGGACUCGAGAAAGUCAUUGGGAGUAUCACUCCAGGUAAAAGAGCAGAUCUACUUGUCACCAGAUGUGACGCUCCCAGACUGGUUCCGGCACACGACCCCAUUGGCACUCUUGUCUUGUAUGCCAAUGGCUCGGACAUCGAUACGGUCAUGAUCAACGGCGAGAUUGUCAAGUCUGGGGGGAAGCUGACCAAUGUGGAUUGGCCGAACCUCAGGGAGGAAUUACGCGCGUCGGUCGCCGCAAUCGUAAGUUAG